AUGGCCAACCCCCCACAGCAACGUACACAGCAAGUGCCUCACCAUGUCACCGCGCUCCUUUCUCAUCUCACCUCCCGCCCCGGAGUCCAGUCCACCCUGAUUCUCUCGCGCAAAGACGGCUCCAUCAUCCAAAGCACCGGGCAGCUCGCUGCUCAGGAGACCAAUAGCGCAUCUCGUGCUGUACCACCCGCAGCUUCCGCUACAACCGAUCCGAAUCCGCUUGCCCAGCCUUCAGAGGCGCCCCCAGCCUCACCGGCGGCCUCAACCCCAUAUCAACCCUCCCAGGCCGAGACCCUAGCAGCGCAUAUCUUUAAUUUUGUGUCAAGUGCCUCUGUGCUUGGAGUCUCAUUGUCCCGGCCGAUGACAUCUUCAGCCAGCAAUGAGCACAGCUCGACCACUUUAGACGGGGAGUAUGAGUCCUACAGGAAUGGAACGGGCACCAGCACCCCGCGGGAAAAGUAUCAGGACGCAGAGACUGGGGACCGCGAGGAAGAUGACGAGGUGAAGCUAUUGCGCAUGCGUACGCGAAAACAUGAAAUUGUCGUUGUGCCUGACCGCAAAUACCUUCUCUGCGUAGUCCAUGAUACCGCAAGCGCGAAUGCUGGUUCGAUGACAGGGACUCGCUCAUCGCGAUAA